ACCUGGAAAGACAGAAUAUCUUGUUAAUGUGAAUGUUGUCUUAUUAGGCAGACCCGUAUCCUGCCUUAAAUCCAUUCUGGACAGAUGCAUUUGAGUGUUACUCUAUUUUCGAAGAGUUGCCAAACCCCUAAAUAUACAGUACUUGUAUUUCAGGGGUUAUUAUAUUUCUCUCUACAAACGGUUCUGAAAUCAUUCGACAAAGUUGGAAGGAUUACUUGCUAGGAUGCUGUAUGACAAACAAGUUGACUGGAAGCAAUUUCUCCGUAUAUAUACUAAAGACUAGUGGUGGACUUUUAUAAAUCGCGAGAAUCUUCUCGGAAUGUAUUUGUGGUGUACAAACUAUUUCAAGAAGUUAAUGUGCCUAGAAUUUUCAGCCAUGUUUAAAGCCUCAUUACCUAAACAAAGACAAGAAGAAUAACAUUAGAAAAACAACAUGGAUAUCUGGAGUGGAAGAAAUAAGCCACAAGGAUCUACCUUGAUCAAGAAAAAGACAAGUUUUAAGAGAAUGCCUGAAUGGCAGACGAACAUCAUAGAAGAAACAAACUACAAAGAAGGAGGUUUUGAUGACAACUUCAGUGAAUUGUCCGAGAUGGAUGUGAUUUUUAAGUCAGGAUUGACUGAUCAGGAAUUUAAAACAGUCUCAGUGACAGCAGAAGAGGAUGAUAUAUGGUCUUCUUUUGGUUUGUUUCCCGACCGUAUAUUUGGUAAAAAGGAACAAAACAGAAAACAACAAACAGAUGAUGAAAGAGACUAUGUGAAUAUUCCAAUUGGUAGGGUAAAUCAAAAUUUAAAGUGCAAUAUAAAAGAUUCGUCGAUGACGGAUAAAAACUGCCAAAAUAGCAACGAUAAAAAACUUCCAUCGAUUCCAAGCAGACACAUAAAAGCAAAUCCUGAACAUGUAUAUGAAGAGAUACCAUUCAAAAAGAAUGAAUUUACUGCAAUAACUGAAAAUACUGAUGCCAGAUGCUCCACUAAUAUACUAAACAAUGAUGAUGUUUAUGAACUAUACAGUUAUGAUGAAGUAACAGACCAAUAUAAAACUACGAAUUCUGCCACUUCUGAAUAUAAUCAGCCGCUGUACGCUGUUGUUAAUAAGCGGACAAAGACGUCCAGUAUAAAUAACACAGACAAACAUUCAACAUAUCAAAGUGCUGGUAAUAAUUCUAUCACCAAUGAGAAUCCUGAUAGUUAUUUUCUAACAGCUAACCGUAAUUCAUGCAAUAAUAUUCAAUAUAGUGUACAUCUUUAUAGUAAUUAUUCUACAUCAACCAAGAUGAGUCAGAGAGAAAAUACUGAAGUUGUGUCAAGGAAAGAACGCCAUAACAUUGAAGGCAAUUUAUAUGAUUUAAUUUCAAACAAUUUGAAUGAAAAUUUAAGAUCAGAACCCAGUAAUCCAGAUAAUUCAUCGGUUGAUGUAACCUGUCAAACAGGAUCAACAAAGUGUACCUUUCUGUUGCCAGGUGCAAUAUCAACCAAUAAGGAUUCCUCUACCAAAAAACAAAAAAAAUAUCAGUCAGAGGUUAAACAUAUCAGUCGUGUGGGCUCAACAUCUAAAAACAAGUCGUCGGUCUGGUAUGUUGAGGAUAGCAUUGACUCCCCAUCCAGCAAAGAAAAAGCUGAACAUUGCAGCAAAGAAACAGAUUCUAAGGUUGCCAGAGUAACUGAAAAUAUGACUGAUGAGCAGAGUAAUAUCAUAAUACUAGGUGCAGAGGUUGAAACAUCACAGUUUGUCCCUAAAUGUGUACUACCAAACAAGCAAGAGGCACUACAACCAACAAAUUACAAUGCCCAAAAUGCAAACACUUUAAUUGACUUUGAUUUAAUGGCAGAGUCAUCUAAUUUUUCUUUGAAGAAUCACUUAGGAGGACAGUUAAGUAAAGAUGAUUUAGUUCAGCAAUACUGUGAUAGUCUGUCUGAUGCUCUGAGAACAGAGGAUAUUGAAAAUGAACAUAUUGCAACUGAACAAGGAAUGAAGUUGUCAUCAACAUCAGAAAGUGGGCUUGGGAGUAGUUAUGGUGAUGUGUUGAGUAACAGGGCAUGCUGCGAUGGGCUUGAUACUAAGACAGAUAGUAAUAAUUCCAAUAAUAUGCAUCUUUUAGAAAUGGAAAUGUCUCUAACAAAUACUGAAACAUCUGGUUAUGAAACACCUUUAUCACCACUCUCACCAUCAAGUCUAGAUUUGGAUGUAGGAGAAUCAGAUGGUACCCCACUCAAAAGACCAAGUAUAGCUAAACAAGGGGAGUCUGAGCUACGUCGAUUAGAAAAUGAUGAAAAACGUAAAAGCUUUUUUGGAAAUGAUUCAAUACUUGACCAGUCACCUAAUUUUGAGCAAAAACAUGCAAACACACUGGCUAUAGUGCAACUGCCUGUCUCAAAAAAGUUACCUUCGGUAAAUGUACUCCCUAAGCUAAAUGCAAGUUUUCCCAGGCCACAUCAAUAUUCAGCAAAUUCUUCAACUCCAACUCAGAGCUCAGAAAGAGUGAGAGCAUCUACUGACUCUGAUAUAUUGGUGUUAGACGAAACUAAGGGCAAAGAAUUUAUCUUGAGGAAUCGAUCAGUAACAGAGUCUGAAAUAGAGGAAUUGAAGAAAGCACACGCUCUUGCUGCAAAGAAAAAAUCCUCUCGGUUUAUGAAACAACUUUAUUUUGGAAUCAACAUUCCAGAUGAUGAGAACUGUGAAGUGGAUGAAAAUGGAAAGCCACUGUAUGAAUAUGAAUGGGAACGAAGACAGCUAAUUGGUUCAAUGAGGAUAAAGAAACCAAAAGAAGCUAGAUGGUUAGAUGAGGAUGAUAGUGCCUUGCCUGCAGAAGCAAUAGAAAACAAAUUAAUGGCUAAAAAUGUGUUAAAAGUCAGAAAAGAAGAGAGCAUUUUACCACAUACAAAUCCGUGUGAACCUCAAAUUACAUCUACAGAUGAUAAAACAUUACAACUCCUAAACGAUAACAAACAGGAGAUUCACAAAGAAGGUAGUCAAGUGAAACCAAUAAGUGUUCAAGAAAGAAUGGAACUUUUAAAUCUGAAUAAAGAAUGUACAAAUGGAUCUAACCACACAGGUAAUUUUAACAGUAAUUCUUUAAAGAAGAAAUCUUUACAAGAAACAGUUUGUCCUGUUAAUGAUAAAACGGGUAAAGUGAAGGUUGUUGGAAAGUCAUUACCAAAUAAGCAAACAUAUCCUACAGAUAAAAAUAAAACAAUGGAGAACAUUUCACAACUCAGUGUUCAAGCUGAUGACAGCAAAGACAAAGAUGUUGAGAAUACAAAAAUAAGUAUGAAAACUGCAAGAAAUCUAUUUGAACAUAGAAUUUCUAAGCAGAGUUCUGAAGGGCUUAAAAGAAGACAAACAACACCAUCAGGAGAGGCAAAGAAUUUAGCAGCAUAUCAAAGCAGACUAAGUUUAAGGAAAAAUGAUUCUCCAAAGAAAAAUGAACAUAAGAUGAGGGAAAAAAUAUUAGCAGACAUCAAUGUAGAUGACAUGGAGGUAAAGAUCAUUGAGAAAAAUGUCUCAAACCUAAUGGUGACAGACUUUGAGGAUAUAGUGGACUCUGGAGAUACUUUCAUGAGCUAUGAUGUGACACAUACAACUACGGAAGAAAAGCUAAGAUCCGAAACCAUUGUUGAACGGGAAAUUCGAUUCCAGCGAGAACGUGAAGAAGAAUUCUCCAGAAAUUGUUCAGCAAGAUUGAAAAAACCCUCUCCACAGGAGAAAGAAAAGCGACAAAGCAUUGCAGAAGAACUAGAAAAGGAACAAGAGGUUAUUAAAGCACAUGAAUCUGUAGUAGAGCGUGAGGUUCGAGAACAGAGAGAGCGUGAAGAAGUUGUGCUACGAGAGAGAAGUAUGAUGGAUGUGAAAUACAAUGUGCCACAAGAAUGCUCCCCAUCAUCUACUGAUCGGGCAAAGCCGAUAGUUGAUGACACCUCGCGUAUAAUUAUACAUGGACUUGGCUUGGGCUGUAAUGGAAUGCCAGAAGUACGAGUACAGAGGUUUUCUGGGAGUGAAGAGCAGUGGAGUCGCAUUAAAACUACCCCAUAUUCAAGCUACAGGGAAUAUCAGAAGCUCUUGAGGGGGCAGACACAAUCAAGCAAUGAUGAAGCUGCAAUCCAAUCCCAGAAUAUAUUUGAAGAGCCUAAACAAGAAUUCAUGCAAAACAAAAAAUCAGAUUCCUUAAGGACAUCCUCGCUAAGGAAAUCAUCAGCAUCACUGGAAUCAAGCUCUAUGGCAGCAGUUCACGAACCAUUUUCUCUUGGUGCCCUACCAGAUGUAAUUAUACUAGACAAAGAAACAACAGAAACAAAGAAACAAACACUAACUCUAAAGGAAAGUACUAUAGAAAGAGAUAUCAGACUGGCGCAGGAGAGAGAAGCAGCGAUUCGUUUACAAAACAAAAAAGAUAAAGAAGAAUCACAAAUCAAACCACAAAAUCUAAAGUUGACUAACAGCUCAGCAGAGAGGGCAAAAAAACCAGCAACAAAGACAUUCUCAUCAAGCUCUAGUUGUUCAAAUUCAUCAUCAAGUUCAAUUAGCAGAAGGCUUGCAAUGUCAAGCAUGCAGAAGGAACUAAGUAAUGAAAGACAGAAAGAGCAAGAACUUCAUAUGCUAGGUAUCAUCAAAUCCUUAUCAAGCAAUAAUGACAACCAGCAAGAAACAUUGCACAAAGAAGAAAAGAAAAAAGUACAAGUCAACGAAUCGAUCAUUCAACAAGAGAUACGUCUACAGAAGGAACGAGAAGAAGCUAUCAAGAAAGAGCAUGAUCGACUAAAUUCACGACCGAAAUCCUCCUACCAGUUGGCAGUGACACAACCUGAAGCAGAUUCAGAAAUCAGUAAGAGACGAAGUGUUCCAGUGACGGACAGUCUAACGCAUCUACAGUGAAACUGAAUAUAACUGAACCAUUGACAAGAAAUGAAUCUGGUAGUCCUGUAAGGAGGAAGAGUACGCUAGCUAUGCAGUGGGAGCAACGUCUUCAAAAGCAGUAGGCAUCCAUCUCCAACUUAAUUGCUGGUAUUGUGUUUAAUUGAUACGAAUUAUAUAGUAAUAUUAAGUAAUAAUUAGACUACCUAAAUGAAAAUGCUAGUGUUGUUGAGAGGUGUAAUGCUGUAAUACUUUUACUAUUUUACUAUUUGAAGUUAUAAUGUGGAUAGUUAACUUAAAAUGCAGCCCCUGGGCCGUUUGUGCCAAUAAAAUAAAUGAAAUGUAAGAAGCAGCAUAUUUUAUGCAGCAUUAUAUUAAAAUGUAUCUAAUAUUAAAUCUGGGUUUUUUUUCAACUUUGGGGCCAUGCCAAGUCUUUAUAGGCCAUUUGCAUAGAAGUCAUGAUGCAUUGCAUUUAACGCUUUACAUUUAAGGAACAAAAUUAUUUAACCAGA